CCUGGUACAGGUAGUGUGCAAAGGGGGCUUGACUUUAGUAUUUUUCGAAGUUGCGGCCACGGUCACACCGCACAUCUCCAUUUUGCAAAGAUGUCCUUUAAGCCCAUUGAUCCGAAGCGCGACGAGAUCCGGCGCUACCUGGAGCGCGGCAGCGUCCUGGACUCGCUGACCAAGAUCUUCAUACGUGUGAUCAAGGAGCGGCCGGAGAAUCCGAUGGAGUACAUCCGGAAUCACAUCGGUGUUGUGCGCCACCAGCACGACAAGUACGAGCGCCUGCAGCAGGAUUUGCAGCUGGCCAACGAGGAGAUCCAGCGGCUGCGUGCCAUCAUCAACAGCAUCAAUCCGGAGGUGCUCCAGGGCCAUCAGCCAGUGGCCCCCAGCGAAGUGGUCGCACCGGAGCAGCCAGAGAGCGUGGUCGAGUCCACUGAAGCGGCGGAGCAGCAGGAGAACGGCGGGUCAGGCCCAGAGAAACCCGGAGAAAGUUCGGACGCCGUGGCGGAGAUAACCGCUGUUGUGGAGGCCUGCCAGAUUGAGGAGAAAGCGGUGGUGGCCAGCGAGGAGGCCGCACAAGCAAGCCAAAACGUCCAAUCUGAAGCCAGUGGCUCCAGUGAGUAGAUCUCAGAUGACAGCAGCUCGCAGGCUCACACCAAAAGUAAACAGACAUCCCAUUAGAUGGCAUCCAUUUAGAAGAAAUGUUAAGUAAUUUCAGAAGUGUACAUGUAAAUAAAGCGAAAUACAAGUAAUGCA